AUGGCAAUCAGAGUCUUGGCAUUCUUCUCGGUGAGGGAUAGGUUGUUUCCUCUUCUUUACUUAUUCUAUGCUCUCUACUUUCCAUAUCUAGCUCCACAUCCCGCGUGCACUCAUCUCGUUUCUCGCGCCUACGUCAAUGUUCCGCUGCUACAGACCCCGUUGGGUUUUUCGCUUCCUACAGUAGUUAGCUCUUCUGGACAGCCUUCUUCCUUGGUCCCACCUUCAACACCUCCACCUCUCUCAAUUACACCAUUUUGUGAGGGACUUUACACUGUGGCCGAACCCGAUAAUGCCUCUUGUCAAGACUGUGAUGUUCCAGACUGCCCCGACAAGGGUCAUCAAGACCUAGCGUCUACAACCAAUCUGACCUGUGGGCCACACCUGACGACAGCUCAAAAAGCGGACUCUUUUCAGACGGUAGCUACCAAGCGCCUAAUAAAUGUAGUUGAUGUUUAA